AUGUUGCUGUGUUUGACCCAGGCCCAACGCAUCUUUUUCUUUGCCACAGUUGAUGGUAACUACGGCAAUUGGUCAUUAAAUAGUUCAUGUUCUGUAACUUGUGGUGAAGGUUUUCAAACAUGGUCACGACAAUGUAACAACCCUGAGCCAAAGUAUGGUGGAAGAAACUGCAGUCAUCUAGGAGAACCUGUUGAGUACCGAUUAUGUACUAAGAAACCUUGCAUUGGUAAAUAUAUUAUUCCUUUCAAAGAUGCCGUAAACCUUCGAAUGAAGAUCUAGGGAAAUAAGCCCAAGGUUUUAUGAUAUAAACUACAAACUAAUCUAGUAACGGUCUAGUAAGAGCGUCUAUUUUGACUUGGUAUUACUACAGGAGGAGAAACGGACGUAAAAUGAGAGGAAACAUUCUUCUCACAAAUGAUAUCAGCAGAAUCCUGUGUAUUACAGGAAUCGGAGUCAGUACAGAGAUGAAAAGCACAUGCACUAACCUCGAUCUGUUCCAAUCAAUAAACAUUGCAAUUCUGAUGGUUUGUGAGUAGUGGGGAAAAUUGAAGCUUGUAUAUCAUUCUUCUUAAUUUCAGUUAACGGCAACUAUAGUUGGUGGUAUUUAAGCAGUGAAUGUAACGUUACAUGUGGACAAGGUGUAAAAAUAUGGCGACGUUCAUGUGACAAUCCUGCUCCAAAGAAUGGAGGUCGAAAUUGCACUGUGUUGGGAGAAGAUGUUAAGUAUCGAAUUUGUGAAAGACGACCUUGCCCAA